AUUAAAAAAAAUUGGCAUAGAAAGUAUUUAAAUUGGAUGAUAAGGAAUGUAGAAAUCAAGAAAAAUACCAUACCAAAUCCGAGAUUUUGGUUCUUUUCAAAAUUAAGGAUAUUAUAUAAUGCAUAUAAGAAGAAUCCUUGGAUCAAUAUGCAAGUGGAAAAGAUCUUAACUUAUCUCUCUCAAUUUUAUGGAGUAUCAGACGAUGCCGUUUUGGUAAAGCGAGUCCGAGAAGAUCUAAAGGCAGAACGAGAUUUCUUACUAGACAAAUAUUUGGAUUUUUAUUUAAACUGUGAUAAAUGUAGGGAGAAUACCGAAUUGUUUGAUAAACUUACGUUUGUUAUUGAACUUAAUUGUUCGCCUGUAUAG